ACAGCUGUCCUUGCGCUUUGCGUGCUCCAGAAACCAAGUUCUUCACUUCUUCCGGUACUAGUCAUGUCAUAGGUCAUAGGUUAGAUUUCCGUGCAACAACAAUCGAAUAUGGACCCGAUGUUGCUAAAAAAUAAAUUUCGUGGUACGAUGCUGGGUGUUUUGGUCGGCGAUUGCCUCGGAAGUCCGUACGAGGGCUUAACAACUAUAUCACGUCACAGAAAAGUCUUGUUGCAGCGACGGCUGAAUAAAUUGUGGAACACGAAGUUCAGAGAGCCUGUCAUGGUAUAUACAGAUGAUUCAGCAAUGACACGUUCCUUAGCUGAGUCAUUGAUCGAGAAACAAGAUCUGGAUAUUGUUGAUGUGGCUAAACGAUUCGCAAAAAGUUAUCAUGAAGAGCCUGAUCGUGGUUACGGAGCUGGUACUGCAACCGUACUUAAGGAAUGGAAGAGGCACGUGGAGGAGACAAAUAUAAAGAUCCCAGCGAAGAAUCUAUUCGAUGGUCUAGGUUCUUAUGGCAACGGCGGUGCAAUGAGAAUUGCACCUGUUGCGUUAUUUUCAUACAACAAUUAUGACAAACUUUUAUAUUAUGUCAAAGAAGCGACAGAAAUUACACAUGCACACAAACUAGGAAUAAACGGCGCUAUUUUACAAGCUAUAGCAAUUCAACAAAGUCUAUGUUUAAAUGCCAGCGAAGAAUUGAAUGUUACCAAUUUUGUUGACGAUCUCAUAAACAAAAUGGAUAAAAUUGAGAAUGCAAGUGAAUUUAAAGAGCGACUAAACAUAGUAAAGAAUCUACUUUCUGAGGAUGGGGAUGAGCCUAAUGAGCAAAGGGUAGUUGAACAACUAGGUGUUAAAGUCAGAGCUUUAGAGUCAGUUCCUACCGCGAUUUUUUGCUUUCUGAAAGCACAGAAGCGCAUAAAAAGGAUACGAACUGAUGAUCCUCUCAGAAGAGCAAUUCAAUAUGCCAUCUCUUUGGGCGGCGACACAGACACGAUUGCUAGUAUGACCGGCGCGAUAGCAGGCGCUUUCUACGGCUACGAAAAGUUCAGCGUACUGCUCUUAUCGCAUUGCGAAGAAUGGGAACGAUUUCGAGAAAUGGCUGAUAAAUUGUUGGAUAUAGCAACAUCUAUUGAUAUAAAUAAAUGAAUAUCUAAUAUAUAAUUAAAAAAGUAUAUAUUAUAUGAAAAGUUGUGGGAAACUCUUUUUAUUGAAAUGGUGUUUAAAUCAAGUAUCAUUGUUAUGACCUCUAACAACUACAAAUAGUUACUAACAAAGAUUAUAUAUUCGAUGUUCUUUUGUAUUUUAUUUAUAUUAUAUUAUUUACAUCGCUUCUUUACGAGCUCCAUUCAACAAUUUAUCAUUUGGCGUAUUAGGUGGCGUGCUUUUUACUAAAUAUCAAUUUAUAAUUACAACACAUUACCAUUUAUAUUUUCGCUAUUUUAUGUAUUUCACAUUCUCUCUCGUUCUUUCACGUAUUGUUAACAUAUUUCAUUUUUGAUACAAGGAAUAAAGAAUUAUAUCUGGUAACUGAGUUGUUUGGAAAACAAAUCUGUAU